AAGGCUGCCCAGGGGGGUGGUGGAUGCCCCAUUUCUGGAGGUGUUCAGAACCACGUGGAUGUGGCACUGAAGGACGUGGUCAGUUGGGAUGGGCUGACGCUUGGACUAGAUGGUCUUAGAGUAUUUUCCUAUCUUAAUGAUUCCGUGAUUCUGUGACUUCAGAUCCCAUUUUCCCUGUUCGGUGAAGCAUCUGUAAGAGGCACUGCAACACUGAGAGCCCGGCGUUCCUUCAGACCUCGGUUUGGGCGCUCAGAUCGCCGAGGCCGACACGGCGCGGUGCCCCGAGCCUACGAGCUCUCGUUGCCAUUCAAAACCAAGUCUGUACGAGGUGCAGCCGCUAGCGGCUCCGCCCUACCCCGCCUCGGGGCGCGGCGCUCCCCACCCCGCACCGCGCCGACCCGCUGCCAUGGCGGCAGCUCGCGGCUCGGCCCCGCUGCAGUACGGCCGCGAAGCGGCUCCUGCUCCAGCCGGGCUUGGGCGGCUGUGUUCCUUUACCCCGGUUGCUGCCUCUCGGUCCGGCCGGGCCGCCGGGCUCAGGAAUAUGUCACAGAGCUUUGCUGCUGGAUCUAAGAAAUAUUCUGAAACUGUAAAUGCUGACAGCCUGUGUUGGACACCUUCCAUAAAUUCAAAACCUAGUGUGUGCAUUGAGAACAUGCCAUCAGAAAUGCUGAUAAAGGUAUUUUCCUAUUUGGAUGCUGUAUCCCUGCUGCAUGUGGCUUGUGUGAACAAGCGCUUCUAUCAGCUGGCCAGUGAUAAUGGAAUCUGGCUGAAAAUGUAUUUCAGUUGUUUUCCAGCAAAACGGAGAAUUUGGAAAAAUGAGUUUUUACAGAUGGAAACUGUUCCUUCGAGCUGUGCUGUUGUAGAGGAUAGAAAGCCUGGAUACUGGAAGAAAGAAUACAUCUUGAAACAAAUAGCUGCUGUCAAAACUAGAGUAAUGCAACUUGUUAAACCUGUAGAUCCAUGUACAGGUCUUCCAUGUAAAAACCAAAAAGCUAUAAAAGCCUCUGGCUUGAGUUGGAUAAUUGUUCUAAAGGACAAAAAUGGAAAGGAACAUGUAAUGGAGAAGGCACACCUAUCAUUUAAGCACACGUCUGUUAGUAUAUUUUGGCAUGGUACAGGUUGGCCAUGCUUAGACGUUCUGUCAACCCUAAAAUUAUUUGGAGUUAUACCACUGCUUCCUGACCAAAGCACAGCUCCCAGCAAGAAUGGUCCUCGUCGACGUUCCCUAAUUGCUGAGUAUUCUCUUUCUCACUUGACUGAAAGCAGUGUAGCAGUUGGGUCUGAUAACCUUGUCCAACUCUUCAGUUUGAAUCCAGGACUUGUUGUAGGACUGUGGAAAGGAAGUAAUGAAAUUGCUUUUGUUACGGUGAGUCUUCAUUAUCAUCAACUUCUUGAGAGAAGUGCUUUGGGUUCUGCAACAGUUCAGUACGUUCUUCCACCUGAUAAACCUGUGCUGGAUGAUAUUGACCCGGAAUAUGGACUGCAUGACUACGACUUACAUCUUGAUAUGCACAGUGAAAAGCAUACUUACAUGUGUGGAACAUUCAGGAGUCUCUUCUGCAGAAAAGGUGACAUUGAAAAUGGAUAUUUGAAGCUCACAGUUGUAAGCUUAAAGGAUAACACAAAGCACAUACCUCUUAUUGGGACAGUUGGCUUAUCCUGGGAAACAGCUGCCUUUAAAGGCAUUGUAAAGGACUGUUACAUGAUGGAUGUUACUGUCUUGGAUGAAACUCAAAAACCCUUCUGGUGUUUCAGUGCCCCAGUUUGCAUGGAACUCUCUUCCAAAGUGUCCAACCUCUAUGAUUAUAUGGGUCAUAUCUAUAUCACAGACUAUGCAGAUUCAGAAGGUAAAGUCUGUGUUGAAUUGGUGUGGUUGGAAGAAACUAAAGAGUAUUUCAUAGUCAGUCUCGUUCUUUACAUAAGCACGGAAAAGGUUAAUAAUUGGUAUGGAACAAAGUACUGAUAUAAUUAUAUUGUUGCUUUCAUUGCUUUAAAAUAAUAAUGAAAUACAUAGGGUUCACUUUAUUAUGUUUAAAAUUUAAUGUGAAUGGAAAAUAUUAUUUGCAAGUUUUGCACUUUUGGCUUUCCACUAACAAGUAAAAUUGCAUACAUUUGUUAACUGACAUUGGAUAAAUUGAAGAGGGAUAUUGAUAAAAAUUGUGUUUUUUUUUUCCUGUUAAACAUCACAUUGUUAGCCUGUUGCUGGUACUGUACACCUUGAAAAUAUUUUUAGGAAUCAUUUUUUUUAUAGACACCUUUGAGUAUAGUUAAUAAAUUACUUCUUGUGAGAGCCAUACUGUGAAGAAGCUCUACCUUAUUUAAGAUGCACUGGAUUUGAGAGCAUUCACCGUUAUGCCUCUGUGGUAGUUUCACACUGAUAGGUAGUUAAGCUCCACUGUACCACUCUCUCACUCCCUCUUUUCUCCCCUGUUCUGUUGAAGAACCUCAUGGGUUAAGGACAGAGAGAUCACUCACCAGUUACUAUAAUGGGCAGAAAGGACUCUGAAUAGGGAGAUGAGUGUAAUUUAUUGUCCACUGCUAGCAGCCUAAAGCAGCGAGAGCUAAAAGCAAACUGAAAACACCUUCCCCCUCCACACCAGCUCCUUCUACCUCCACCCCUCAUGCUACACAGGACAGUAGAGAAGAGGGGCUGUGGUCAGUCUGUAGUGCUUUCUCUGCCACUUAUCUGUGGUCACCCUCUACAUCUGCUCCAAGUGUGGUCCAUCCCACAGGAUGCUAUCCUUCCUGAACUGAUCCUGCAUGAGCUUCCCCCAGGCUGCAGUUCUC